UCAACGAAAAUCUCAUCCAAAUACGGAUGUCGGAAUCAGCUGCCUAACUACGCAUUCAAUGUCCGUAAGCUAUCCGCUACGCCGUUCCCUCUCCCGCCUGCCUGCCCAAACCUAAAGCAAACAUAGACCCCAUCCUCCCCAUUUAUUGCCAGCGUAGUCGCACUUCUUCCAUUGCAUGUCCUCUUCGUGUCACCUGCCAACCAACGCCACAAACCCUUUAUAAUACAUACAUGUAAGUACUCUUCAACAUAUAUAUCCAAUUUGUCCAUUUUGGGAGAAAAUUAAUAGCUAUGGGGCGGAGGAGGAACGCGCCGCUGUACAAGCUUUUUGCAUGGGUGCGGCGGCAGUCCACCAAGGUGAAGACUUUCUUGGCCGCGGCGUGCGUGAUCUGCCCCCUCGUGGCGCUCAAGUUGCUGGUUCACGAUCACAACCAGUUCUUCGUCGUCUCUGAAGCCGUCCAUUUUGCUGGGAUUUUGGUCUUGAUUUACAAGCUCACCACCCAGAAGACUUGCUCCGGCCUUUCUCUGAAGACUCAAGAACUUACAGCGAUAUUCUUGGCUGCAAGAUUGUGCUGUAGUUUGUUUAUGGAGGGUGAUAUUCACACUGUUCUUGAUUUUGUGACACUUGUGUCGACUUUGUGGGUCAUCUACAUGAUAAGGUUCAAGCUCAAGUCGACCUACAUUGUGGAGCUGGAUAAUAUGCCUCUGUAUUAUGUGGCCGUGCCUUCUGCAAUCCUAGCCUUAUUUAUCCAUCCUUACACGCAUCAUGCACGUAUUGGCAGAAUCCUUUGGGCCUUUGCUGUCUACUUAGAAUCUGUUUCCGUGUUGCCGCAACUGCGGAUGAUGCAGAACAUGAAGAUGGUUGAACCAUUCACAGCUAAUUAUGUGUUUGCACUUGGUGUUGCAAGAUUCUUAGGAUGUGCUCAUUGGAUCAUUAAGGUGUAUGAUUCAGCGGGGAAGUAUUUGUAUCUAGCUGGCUCCGGGUACAUUUGGCUGCCUAUGGUCCUUGUAGCAGAAGUUGUUCAGACAUUCAUCUUAGCAGACUUCUGUUACUAUUAUGUCAAGAGUGUGAUGAAUGGGCAACUUCUGGUCACUCUGCCUUUGCCUGUCUAAACAUUCUAAGCUCAGACCUCAUAGACUUGACUGUCUUAGAUUGUACAUUUUGUUUCAUGGAUUCCAAUAUUUGGUUCAUCAAAUGGCUAGCUGCAGUUUUUAUCCAAACUUAUGGAUUUUAUGAAUUAGAUUUCCCGUGUUUUA